GCCUCACCCAUCUUCCAUGCAAUCUGUAGGGCUGGUCUCACUCCCACCGUGCCCCACCUAACAGCACUGCCUCUGUUUCCAGGCAGUGGGCAAGCAGGGCUGAGGACCUACCCCAGACUACCUACCUCCCAGCUACAAAAGAAUAGGACUUUAGUUCUUCCUCCAACUGUGGAAUCUGCCGGCCAGAUUCGUGCUCUCCCCUGAGUUCUGGCCAGGAAGCUUCUCAAGUGUUUCAAAUUGUUACAAAGUUCACCUGGAGGUUUCUGUCUCCCUGUGGCAUUUUCCCCGCACCUCUGGCUUCCCUCCCAAAGGAUCGCUGUGAUGCCAGACAGGAAUAGCCUGCUUCCGGACCCAGUGAACUUCCAGGGCCUCUCCCACUGCUUCCUCUACCCUUGUGCUUCGCUCGGCUCUCUAAAUUGACUCAGCUCCAGCUUCUGGUAACCCGGUAACCAGCAAUCAACUCUCUACCUUCAUGAGAUCACCAUAUACAAGUCACCACCAUGAAGUUCUUAGCAGUCCUGGUACUCUUGGGAGUUUCCACCUUUCUGGUCUCUGCCCAGAGUCCAACAACAUCUGCUCCAGCUGACACGUAUCCAGCUACCGCUGAAGCUGAAACCACUGCUGCUGCAACCACUACAACCACCGCUGCUGCAACCACUACGACCACCGCUGCUGCAACCACUACGACCACCGCUGCUCCUACCACUGCAACCACCGCUGCUUCUACCACUGCUCAUAAAGGCAUUCUAGAUUUACCCAAAUGGCUUCAGGAUUUCCUGAAAGGCAAAGUGUUUCCCUGAGAUGGAAUCAACUUGAGUUUUCUGCAAUUGGUCACAACUAUUCACGCUUCCUAUGAUUUCAUCCAACUACUUACCUUGCCUACUAUAUCUCCUUUAUCUUAAUCAGUUUAUUUUCUUUCAAAUAAAAAAUAACUAUGAGCAACA